CGCGCGCGCGGCCUGGAUGACGUCACGGAAAGUGGCGGGAGGGCGUGUGUUGGACCUGCGCAGUAAGCCGGUUUUGUCGACCUGGAGCCCAGCGCGUUGCAAGGGAUUUCCAGUGUUGCGGCGGAGCGUUCUGGUUUCGGCGUUUUCUCGGCAGCUCACAGGAAACUGGCGGGCGCUUUUGAGCCCGCGAACCUGCGGCGGAAGUGGAAGCAGAAAGCCCUUCCUCAAGUGCCUGGAGCUCAGAGAUGCGGCCCAGGGGAGGGGACUAUAGCUAGGUAAGGAGGCCAUGCUUGCUGUUGCUUCCAGAUUCCAUGUCAGCACUGAGUCCUCAGAUGCUGGUGGCAGCUGCUCAGCAGACCUUGGGCAUGGGAAAGAGACGGUGCCCACCCCGAGCUAUCUGCCUUCACCUAGCUGGAGAGGUGCUGGCUGUGGCCCGGGGACUGAAGCCAGCUCUGCUCUAUGAUUGCAAUUGUGCAGGGCCAUCAGAGCUCCAGAGCUAUCUGGAGGAACUGCAGGGCCUGGGCUUCCUGACCCAGGGACUUCACAUCCUCGAGAUUGGAGAAGACAGCUUGAUUGUCAGUCCUGAGCACGUAUGUCAGCACUUGGAGCAGGUGCUGCUUGGUACCAUAGCCUUUGUGGAUGUUUCCAGCUCCCAAUCUCACCCUUCUAUUUGCUCCCUGGACCAGCUUCAGAAUUUGAAGGCCCUAAUGGCUGAGAUCAUCGUGCAUUUGCAAGGGCUGCAGAGGAACCUAUCCCUGGCAGUCUCCUGUAGCAGACUUCAUUCCUCAGACUGGAAUCUCUGUACUGUGUUUGGGAUCCUCCUGGGCUAUCCUGUUCCGUAUACCUUUCGUCUGAACCAGGGAGACGACAACUGCUUAGCCUUGACCCCACUACGGGUGUUCACUGCCCGGAUCUCAUGGCUUCCUGGUCAUCCCCCCAUCUUGCUCUAUUCCUUUAGUGUCCCAGAAAGCUUGUUCCCAGCCCUGAGGGAGAUUCUAAAUACUUGGGAGAAGGACCUUAGAACUCGAUGUAAGACUCAGAAUGACUUUGCCGACCUGAGCAUCUCCUCUGAGGUAGUCACCCUGCCAGCAGUGGCUCUCUGAUUUUAACUCUUCUCUCAUGCAGAAGGUACUCAGUAAAUAAUCAGCUCUAGCUGAAGGAUGGCAUCUCAAGUACCAAUUCAGAGCAUCUUGAAAACACCGGGGGCAGGGGGGUGGUGCUAUGAUCAGUUGUCCACAUCGCAGUGGGCAUGGGAUUAGUGGUGGCGGCAUUGGUUGCACAUUUGCCAUUUCUGUACUAAGGAGUCCUCUUGACUUUGCUGAGAUAUCUGCUGAUUUUUCCACUGGGUAGGAGAUAGAAGAAGAGAGAUUGUGGAGAAGGGCGGUGGAGGACAAGUGUAUGUUCUUGUGUGGUAACUAUAAAUACACCUGCCCUCGUGGGUGGUGUCUGCCAGAAAGUAGAAGACUAGGCGGCUUUUACCACAUGUUUAUAUACCACCAACUGAAUUGGACUAGGGAGGAUAGACGAGGAUGCUCACAUGUCUUACAUGUGUGAUGUGAAUUGUCAUUCCGGAGUAAACGAAGAGUUCUGAGGAACAGAGACUAUUAGAUGAAGUGUUUAUUUUCCAAUAGGUUAAAAAAAACAAUAACAAAGUCAGAAAUCUCAGGUGGGAAAAUGCACACUUCAAAGCAGAUCAACCUUCUGAGUUUUUUAUUGAGUUUCUUGCUUCAGGUUUUCACCCAAGCAGUGGUCACAGGUGAGUCAGAUCAUCAGGCUGUCCUUCUUGGCCAGGAACACUGCCAGUGCUAUAGCAAUCAUCACCAUCAGCAUCGAGAGCCAUCGGCCACAUUGCCUCUGUUAGGAGGGGUGCGGGAGAGAAAGAGGCCAUGGGUUGUUGGAGAAGGUACAGGCAAAAAUAAUCUUCUUCCCAUCCUAGCCCAGUGGAAAACCUUGGGUCAGUAGAGGAGAAAAGCUUUUUGUAUCACUGUCUCUCUCACUUGGUCACAUCCUUUGGGAUAAAACCACUUUACUGCUGGUCCCUGGCCCCCCCAAUCCAGGAUCACUGGCUCAGGGAACCAUACCCAGCAAGAGCCAGAUACUUAGAUACUGAUAUAAGAAUAGUUAAGGAAAGGGGCGCCUGGGUGGCUCAGUGGGUUAAGCCUCUGCCUUCGGCUCAGGUUGUGAUCCCAGGGUCCUGGGAUGGAGCCCCACAUUGGGCUCUCUGCUCCGCGGGGAGCCUGCUUCCUCUCCUCUCUCUGCCUGCCUCUCUGCCUGCUUGUGUUCUUUGUCAAAUAAAUAAAUAAAAUCUUAAAAAAAAAAAAAAGAAUAGUUAAGGGUGGGACAUAAUUCAGCAAAAUUAUAUUAUGCUCUGUUCGUAUCCCGUGGUACUUUUGCUCUCCUCACUCUUACCACUAGCUCAUAAUAAGCUAAAAGAACACCACUUCAUACUUGAGCUAAUAGUAAGUCUUCCCCUCGGGCUCAAGAAUUCCAUGAAAAUUAGGCUUGGAUGCAUGAGCCUGUGUUUGCUGACACUUGUUAUACUAUCAAGCAUGUAAACCAAGUUGAAUGGAACAGGCUGGCCAGAUGUUGGCACGGGCUGAUAAACUUUAUCUGCAGGAUUUGGCUAAAGGAGGAGCCAUCCCACCAACAUCCAGGACAACCUGGGAGGAUAGACCCUCUUACUCUGGGAGGCAGCUGUUGGCUGUGGUUCAGCUCUUCUUGACAGUGCUGCAGCUUACGCAGGCAGGAGAGAUACUCGUCACUGAGGUUGUCUAACUCCGAAUGCAGUUCUUUGCACUGGCGGGGGAGAACACCACCAACGUCAUCACCACCAGUUCCUUCUGGGACAGAGCCCAGGUCUGGGAGAGGGCCCCGUGUGAGUCACCCCCUCAUUCGUUUGGAAUUGUUACCACCAUCCUCCCUUCCCAGCUUUUCUCAGAGAUUUCAGUUUGGGUUUUGACUGUAUCACCUAGUUUUUCCGGAAUGUGUUUGUUUAAAUGAUUAUAAUGCAUAUUACAAUAUUACGUAUUAUACAUGUCAGUGCUCCCACGCGAUUGUGUGUGUGCAAGUGCUUUGUAAAUGGGGGCACCAAAAAAUGAAGUUCUUGUAGCACAAAAGACCUGGGAGUGAUCUCAGUACAAACAUUUUCCCUAGGACCUAGUUGAGUUGCAUGUGAAUACUUCUGGGGAUAUGUGUGUUUCCAAGUAUGUAGAUGGAAAGGGUUUUGUUAUUUAAAAGGCACACUUUAUAAAAGUUUUAAGAUAACUCUAGGACAAAGUGUGAGGGGUUAAUAUGUUUUAUUAAAUGUGUUUGAGUUUAGGUUGAUGUUACAAAAGUAAUUAUUUAAUAAAAUCUGGAAUAGCAGUUGGUAUAAACAAAGAAGGGAAAAGAUUGACAGAUUAGCCCAAAAGCAAAGGCAUUUUAAAAAGGGAAAUGAAUACCUGCUGGCAUCCAGUCACUGUGUAAACUUCAAAAUCUUUGCUCUCUGGCUGCCUCCCAGCAGUUUUCCCUACCAUUGCGGGAUGAUUCCCUCACUACCUUGAGGUCACCGUCUCACCUCCUUUUCCUUGGCCUGGAGCUGCAAAGUCUUCUUUUGCAGCUGGUCUCUGAAAUCCCAUUCUUUCUCCUUCCCUGUACCCUCAGGUUCCACUUCAUAAUGGGAGGGCUUUGGACUCCACACAGGCAAAGCCUGAUCUAAAAAAGCAGCCAGAUUCCCAGUGAUGGUGAGGUCCACACCUCUGAGGCAGGGUCCUAUCACUGAGACAACCUUGGAGUGAGGGGAAGGGAGGAAAGGGAACAAGGGAGGACCUGUCCCUGAUGAGACAGCAUAGAGUAGAAUUCUCUUCCUCCCAUUGGGACCAUGCUCAGUCUUGACACAGAGCUGGAAUUUGAGCCCCUUGAGGGGAAGGUUGGCAUCUUACUUUUCUUUGUAUCCCUAGCCCUGUUUAAUGGCAGAUACUUCCAGAGAAUACUUGCUAAUCCAUUUUCUUUUGUGAUAUUUCUAGAGGUUUGCUGGAUGCUUCAGUAUAACUAACCCCUUCUUCUCCCUUCUGGCUUCAUUUCAGUCAUGAGAAUGGCUGUCCUGUCCUAGACUUCAUCUUCCUAUGGUUAAAGAUGGCUUCUGAGCCAUGUGGCAGUUUUAGUCUUGGUGAAGAGAGCACUGCACUAGGAGUCAAAAAUUCUGGAUUGUUGUCUUAGCUGUGUCCUUAAUUCUUAUGACCGUAGACUUUCAUUUUCUUACCCAUUCUAUGGGUAUCAUAACUUCUGCCUUCUCUUUUACAUGGUGAUUGUGAUGAGAAAACAAAAGACCAUGUGGAGUGCGUAAGUGAGGAACUUGCCCUCUUUAACCCCUCAUACAUGAUGAAUUCUUUUCAGGGAGCUAAGGCAGCAGACUUUUGAGUGCUAAGAGUGACGUGAUUAUUGAAUGCAGCAUGGUGUGGGAUUGUGGAGUUGGAUGUGACUUGGAAAGUCAAGUGUAAAAAUUGACAUUAAAUCCUGCGUUCAAAAUCAAUUUAUUGAAAUGUUCAACACAGAUGUAUAUUUUCAGAGUAGAAAUUCUUUUCACAGUUUAUAUACCUCUCAGGAAAGGAGGCUAACUGAUUAAAGUGUUCUCAAAGUCAAUCAUCAGUCCUGAAAAAGCUCCCCUAGAUCCCUGACCUAACAGACUUCUAGAACUGUAUGGGACUCCAAGAGGUCCUGUAGUCCAUCCCCUGCCUCUAGGCAGGCAAGAAAGACCACUAGCUUAGAAUUUGUGGAAGUAAAUUUGCUGACCUUUCUUUGUUAAGAGUUUCUCCUGUUCUUGAAGCUGUAAAGAUUGAUUCUGGAGCAAACCUGUGGAAAAACACAAGGAACUUGUCUGUACUAGCGUAUCUACUGCACACAGUGUCUUUUCAGAACUUUGCUUCAAACCUUAAUUAUUUAAGAUGUUCCUGGCCAAAUUGGUUGAAUUGUGCCCCUCCCCGCAAUUCAUAGGAAAUCCUAAUCCCUAGUGCCUUAAAAUGUGACCUUAUUUGGAGAAAGGUUCUUUACAGAGGUAAUCAAGUAUUUUAGGGUGUUAGAGUAGGCCCUAAUCUUAAAUUUUGGGAUGCCUGGGUGGCUCAGUUGGUUGGGCUGCUGCCUUCGGCUCAGGUCAUGAUCCCAGCGUUCUGGGAUCAAGUCCCACAUCGGGCUCCUUGCUUGGCGGGGAGCCUGCUUCUCCUGCCUCUGCCUGCCUCUCUGCCUGUGCUCGCUCGCUCUCUCUUUCUCUCUGUCUCACAAAUAAAUAAAUAAAAUUUAAAAGAAAAAAAAAAAGGAGAAAUUUCAACACAACUAGAUAGAAGAUAUCUGAAGAAACAUAGGGAGAAGAAAGCCAUCUACAAGCCAAAGAAAGUGGCCUGGAACAGAUCCUCAGAAGGAAUCAGCCCUGCUAACACCUUGACCUUGGAUUUGUAGCCUCCAGAAAAAAAUAAAUUACUGUUUUUUAAGUCA